UUACAUUGUUGGUUGCCAUAUAUAGAACCGAGACACGAAAACGAAUAGUCAGGGAUCAUCGGCAUGGAGGACUGCAUCGCGCGAGGUGGCAUCUCUCACGUCUUAGCUCAGGCAAGGGCCUCGCUCAAGCACCCAUCUCGACCAUUCACCCCCAAAACUGGGAGCCGACCACUCUUUCACGGAGACGACUACCGCCCGAGUUCCCGGCCAAGCUCAACGUACUCGCAAAAUGGGAUUGAAUACGACAAACCUCAGAGUCCCCAGCUGACGUCCUCGGCCUCGACCCACACAGUCACAAGCCGAACUCACCGCCAGGGCGACGUGCAUCAUGUGAAGGACGACGUCGAAAGCGACGAAGAUGCCGACAACCAAGGUGGCGCAGAUGAAUCGAAGGCGGCUGCGACGAUGUACGGGCCCACGUCGCCAUUGUGUGACUCGGCGCGAUCGAAACACGACGACGAUCACGAAGAUGGUGUUAAAACUCAUGGGGAUGAAUGCAAAGGCGGAGGUGACGACGACGACGACGCAAGCGUUGAUCCGGCAUGUUAUGCCACACCAGAGUCGCUGCACAUGACGCUUCUGCAGCUCCAGUCAGCUCUGGAGGAUGUCCAAACGUCCGAUGCUUCUGCUAGCACCGUCCAAGUUGUUACAAAGUACACCACCCAGCUCUUUCACGACGUCCACCUCCUUCGUCAUCACGAUGACGACGCCACGGCCUUCUCUUCUGGUCCCGUGGCCACGGCAUUUGACGUGUGUGUGACGAAGUUACUCGCACACGUGGAUGUGGCGCCACAAGCUCACGUCAUUGGCCUCGUCCAUGCGGGCUUGCAGUUGUGGGCGUGCCACUUGGCUCGGAUUACGACCCACGAGAGCCAGUCUGGGCGCCUUUUAGUCGCCGCGUGCAAGCGCCUGUUCAUGCAGAGCAAAGAUCCGGCCAAUGACGAGCGCUUUUGCCACGUCACCGUGGUGGAAACGCUCCUGGGGGUGCUCUCGUCCCAGUGCGCGCACUUGGUGCCCACGCAAGCACUCAUCUAUGUCGCAGGCGUGCUCAAGAACGUAUCCGGGUCGGCUCGGAUGGUCACGUUGCUCUCGACCAGCGGGGCAAUUGCCGUCUUUUCCAAGGCACUUCAGGUAACCUUUGACAAGGACGUGAAUGCCGCCGCGCAAGUGCUGGUGCAAGUCACCGCGAUUCUGCGCAACUUGGCAGAACACAAGCAAUGCCUCAAGCAGUUUUGGCAUGCCCACGUGAUCCAAGCACUGUGCGAUCUAUUGCCAGCAUAUGCAUCGCAUGGCGAACUCGUGCUAAACGUUAGCCGCAUCCUCAGCAAGCUCACCCUCCACGAGGCCGGACGGACACAAGUGAACAAAGGAAAACACAACCUUCGCCACCUCCUGAAACUUCUUGAUGGGGACACCCGCUCGCGGCAGCAGGAUGCGGCGCUGGUCAUCCGCCUUGCGUUCAUCCUUGGAAACCUCACUGCCACGAAUGAUCGCAACCGCAAAGCCAUCGUCACCCUCGGAGCAGUGCCGCCGCUCGUACGAAUGCUGAAGGAAUACCAUAUCCGGUAUGUUCACGAGAGUCCGGAUAACGACACCAGCGCAGCAACUGCAGAGGACGUUUUGGUGAAGUUGGUGAGGCUCCUUGCAAAUGCCGCGAUCCAUACAUCUGUGGGACCCAUGUUGGGCACGGUGCCCGGUAUCGAAGUCCUCCUGGAUGUCUUGGACCAUGCGAAGGUAGCACGGCAUGAAGAACUGAUGCUGAACGUGGUCAGUUGCCUCACCAACCUGUCCUUCUACUCGACCGACGCUACGCCUACCAACGUCAUCACGGUGCAUCGGCACAGGUUGUCGCGCGAUCUCGCCAGUAUUCUUGUCGAUCCAAACGACGAAGCUGUCGUGGAGGCGGCGCGCGCCUUUGGGAACCUCAGUCGUUUCCCCGAUGUCCUCGGAGCCAUGCUCGACCCCGACUCGACCGCUCUUCUCCCCACCUUUGUCAUGCUUCUUGAUCAUGCCAACCGAGAUGUCGUCUACACCGUGUGCGGAGUCCUCAUGAACGCAGCGUUGGAUCAGCGCACACGUGGAAACUUGCAUGCCGUACCUACCACACACGACAUUGUCGACACGCGGGACCUGCUCGUCCGACUCUUUCGCCACGCUGGCCUGAAGGACCUGGCCAUGAGUACCAUGCUAUGCAAAGUCCUCUUCAACCUCGUCCUCUCGACAGCACCCGCGGACACCGCGGCCACGUACGUGGACACGUCCACCGGUCGCCUCCUCUUGACGACGCUGGAGGAGCUCGUGGAUGCCAUGGCCGACUCGGCCACGGAAGCCGAAGUCGAAUUUGCCAGCGUGGCCCACGCGCUUAUGCGGAGUUUGGUCAAGUAGGAGUAAAGGUAUUAGUUUGCUUUUCACCCAAAUUUGCCAAGUUUAAGGCUGCGUCUGGUAAGGAAAUAUUGCAAUAUUCAGGCCGAAAACGCCAUUUUGGGGGCGAAUUCGACAAAUCUUAUCAAUAAUAUUGAAAGAUGUCUUGCUUGAAGAG